CUAUCGCGAGCUCACUCAAUCACUCUUAAAAUCUAUCGCCCUGCAUCGAGAUUCAGGUCGCGGCCAUACACGCAAAAUGACAUCGUUCGUCGUCCCUCCAGGACAAAUCCGCACACUUCGCGCGUGCAUGGUCUGCUCGGUCGUCAUGCCCCAGAGCAAAUUCGCCCGCGAAGGCUGUCCAAAUUGCGAGCACGUCCUCCAACUCCGCGGCAACAACGAUGCGAUCCAAGAAUGCACAUCCCAGGUCUUCGAGGGACUCAUAUCUAUCAUCGACGAGCGCCAGAGCUGGGUCGCUCGCUGGCAAAGAUUGGAGGGUUAUGUACCGGGGACAUACGCGAUAAAGGUUACGGGGACGCUACCUACGGAGACGAUUGCUUCGUUGGAAGAUGCUGGGAUUAAGUAUAUUCCGAGAGACGGGAGUGCGAAUGAAGAAGAAUCGUGAUUGCAGAGGCGAAAUCUGCCGGAGAAUGCAUACCCUUUUACUUCAAUUGUUUCCAAACGGUGUUCGG